AUGUUAACCAGAAACUAUUCCAAAAUGGCAAAAAAACAUUUCAAGAAAAGAAAUAACAGAGACUCUUCUAAAGGGUUUGGAAAAAGACCAGCCAAUGAUGCCAGUUGGAGUGAUAUUGUCAGAGAGAAUGCUAAUUGGGAAACAUAUUAUAAGUCAUUGAAUUUGAUUCCAGAGUCAGAAUGGGAUGACUUUAAAAAAGCCUGUCAAACAAAUUUACCAAUGACCUUUAGAAUAACAGGUUCCAGAAAACAUGCUGAAGAGAUCAGAAAUAUUUUUCUUGAUCGUCAUGUCAGCCAAUUGAAAGGGAAGACGUUUGAUGGGGUUGACAUAACACCUAAGAAUAUUGAAUUCUACCCUGACAAUUUAGGUUGGCAAAUAGAUGUGUCAAAGAAUGUGAUUAAAAAACAGAAAGAGUAUGCAAAGACUCAAAGAUUUUUGGUUGUUGAGACUGAAGUGGGGAACAUUUCUCGACAAGAAGCUGUUAGUAUGAUUCCACCUUUGUUAUUAGAUGUCAAGCCACAUCAUUAUGUGUUGGAUAUGUGUGCUGCACCAGGAUCUAAAACUGCCCAAUUGAUUGAAGCCUUGCAUGCAGAAGAUGAAAAGAAAUUGCCAACUGGAUUUGUUUUGGCUAACGAUUCCGAUUAUAAACGUUCCCAUAUGUUGGUCCAUCAGGUGAAAAGAUUAAAUUCACCAAACUUUUUGGUUGUUAACCAUGAUGCAACUUUAUUUCCUAGAAUAAGAUUGAACAACUCUUCUCAAGACUUGAAAUUUGACCGUAUUUUGUGUGAUGUUCCUUGUUCUGGUGACGCAACCAUGAGAAAGAACUUAAACGUGUGGAAAGAUUUCAGAGUUGGUAAUGCACUUGGAUUACACAAUGUACAGGAAUUGAUUUUAAAUCGUGGAUUGCAAUUAUUGAAAAAAGGAGGAAGAUUAGUUUACUCGACUUGUUCUUUGUCUCCAAUUGAAAAUGAAGCCAUUGUUGCCUCGGCAUUGAGAAAAUGGGGUGACCAAAUUCGAUUAGUUAACGUUGACAACGAAUUGCCUGGUUUAAAGAGACGUGCUGGUGUUUCUGAUUGGAAGGUUUAUGGGAAAGAUAUGGAAUUACGUGAACCAGGUGCCGAGGAUGUACCAGAAACUGCCUUCCCACCUACUAAAGAAGAGGCAGAGAAAUUUCAUUUAGAAAAUUGUGUUAGAGUUUAUCCACAUAUGCAAAAUACCGGUGGAUUUUUCAUUACUGUUUUUGAAAAAAUCAAUCCUGUAGCCGAUGUUGAUGCCGAAGCUGAUGGCAAUAAGAGAAAAGCAGAUGAGAGCGAUUCAGAAGAAAACGAACCAAAGAAACAAAAAAGUGAAAACACCUCUUCAACCCAACCAGAUCUGUCAUCAAAAUCAGGAAGAUUACCUCGUGAUGCCAAUGAGGAACCUUUUAUAUUUUUGGAUCCAAGCAAUUCUGAAUUGCAAAAAUGUUAUUCGUUUUAUGGUUUUAGUGACUCUUUCCCAAAAGACUGUGCAUUGGUUAGAAACUCAACUGGUGAACCAUUAAGAACCAUUUAUUACACAUCACCAAUUAUCAAAGAUAUUUUAACUAUUGAGAAACAAAAAUUGAAAUUAGUUCAUGGAGGGAUUAAAUUAUUUGUUGCACAAAGGAAUGAUGUUGGUCCUUGUGGUUGGAGAAUCCAAACUGAAUCUUUGCACACAAUAGAGCAUUUCGUUGACGAAAAAAGACAUGUCAAAUGUAACCUUAAAUUGUUAGAGCGUUUAAUGAAAGAAGGAUUCCCCAAGAUCGAAGAGAUUAAAGAAUCCGGGGUUGACCCAGAAUUCUCAGAGAAAAUAACCAAUGUUACCGAAGGCUGUUUGUUCUUAACUGUUGACAGAAGCAACGAGGGAUUAGAGAAUUUACUAUUACCAUUAUGGAGAGGCAAAUCAAAUGUCAAUUUGAUGGUGAAUAAGAAGGACACACAUGAGUUGUUGAAUCGUGUUUUUGAUAUUGAAACCAGUGCCAAAGAUCAUGGUAAAGAAAAAGCUCAUCAAGACCAAGUUGAAGCUGCCAAACAACAAGCAAACGAUCAAACAGAGAUCUCUGCCACUGCUGAAAAUACAGAGCAAGAAACUCCCGAGGUCGAACAAAAAAUUAAUGACGAAUAA